AAUAGAAUAAGUCUUCCAGAUGCCAAGAAACUCAACCUUUGUGCACGAUGAGAAACACAGAAGAAGAAGAAAAGCCAGUUGUGGAGCUCAACAGUCGGUGGGUUUCACUCUCCAACCCCCACAGAACCGUUUUGACCAAUCAGAACUCCUCAGAAAUUGGAGCCACAGAUUCUAAUUUAAAGUCUGUGGGGGUUUUCUGGACUCUAAGUGAUCAGCGAACGUUGACUUUGAUUGAUCAUUAAAAAAACGGACAGAACAGUUUGGUGCAAGAACUUGAACCAGCAACUCUUUAGGCAGUUGUUUGUCCCAAACUCUUAUUUUGAAAUGUAACUGCAUAUUCACUUCCUGUUCCUUUAGAACAUGGCUGGUGAUGCUGAAUCUCUCUGUCUUUUUUUUCUUUUUCUGAUCUAUAUUUACUGCUAUUAAGAAUGAUGCCAAGCCGCUUUCUUACAGUUUCUGCAACAAUGACGAUAAAGCAUCUUUUUUUAAAAAACAGCAACAAAUAUGGAGCUGAAGCAAAAAUUCAGCCCUGUGACUUUAUGUAAAAGAGCGGCAGGUGUGUGACGCAGCUCCUUCGUUUCUUUUGGGCAGAACUGAAGCCGGAUUUUCCCCAAACCAGAAAGUGAAGGAACCCAUAGGAUGAACUGGAGUGAGUCUGCGUGACGUCAUCCAUAAAAAAAUGCUUUGCUUUUAGCUCCAACCAAAUUUAGUCAACUUAGAUGCCAUUUUUAAAAAAAUACGGACUCUGUCAUGUUGGAAGCAGUGAUCAGUAAGCAGUGAUUGUCCCAAGUUGGUCUGAGUCAACGUUUCUAUGGUAACCACUCUCGCCAAUCAGAGGAAGCUAGUUAGAAGGCCACACCCCUACCACUUGAAAAGCUACACCAAAUCUGUCAAUCAAACAUAGAACGCUGAAUGUGGGGCCAAGCAGGCUCCUCCUACUUUCAUUAAGGCAUCUGAUUGGUCGGUUUAUGGCUGGUUUAUGGCUUGAAAGACUUGAAAACACAUUUAAAAAAAUGAGGAUUGAUGUUAAAAAAAGGUAUCAGAUCCAGAACGGUUCUUCUGACCAAUAGAAAUGAAACGAAAACUGAUGAUUUUGUUUAACAAGCAACCUGACCGAUGCUUUUGUUUGAAAUGGGCUUCAAACAGGAAGUUAAGUGAUUGAUUUCAAAGGUAAAACCCCAAAAACUUUGAGAAGUUUUCCUGCCUUUGUUUCAACAGUCCUGGUGAGCAUUUUUAGCUGCGUUUUAAGUUAUAUGCAGGUUUUGCUUAUAUUUAAGGUUUUUUUUUAAAUAAAGGUGUAAAUUUUGAGAAGGAUGAAACAGUAAACGUCUGCAGAGACUGUUCUGUCAGCUUCACACCAGUGCACAUCUGGAUGCACAUCCCGCUAAUGUGGGCAGAGCUGCAGCACCUUGAAGUCUCUGCAGCAAAGUUCCAAGCUGGGAGCGGCGCUUGUGAGUUUGUGUGUGCAUGUGUGCGCAUGUGUGUGCACGUGUGUGCAUGUGUGUGCACGUGUGUGCACGUGUGUGCAUGUGUAUGCAGUCUGACGAUGGUGGUGGUGGUGGAGAUGCCUGUUGCCAUGGACACCAAAACAAGGACUAUUGCCUGCAUCGCUGUCUUUUUCUUCCUCUCACGUUUUCUCUGUCCUGGACAGACUUGUGAACACAAGUUUUUUUUUCGGGGGGGGGGUUGCUCGCUUGCAAACACGACAGCGGCGCUCCAACUCAGCGAGCACAUUUCCCUGACGUGGUGAAAACCUCGAAACAAAAACUCAGGAAAGAGGUCGGGAUUAACAUCCUUCACAUUUCUGUUCUUGCAUUUGUCGGUGAGCUGGAGGAGAGGAUCCACUCUGCUGUUGAGGGUUAAUCCAUCCAGCCAGAGGGGAGGUUCUUGAUGGGAAAUGCAGCAGAGCUUAGCCUAACACCAUCUCUGAGAGCGACCGCAUCAUCCCGUGGAGCCGCACACAACAGAUGUAACACUCUCAUCACCUUUCAGCAGAAGUGAGCGUCCCCAUCCACAUGGAGGAGGGAGUCACGGGGUGAAUUAAGGGAGGAGAGUGGAGGAGGGAGGGAGACGAGCAUCGCACGGCGCCGUCAGACGGGCUGGGAGCAACAGAUGAGCGGGACACGCGGGGACAAGUUGGAGGAACAUCUCGGGAAGUCUGCAGUUUCUCCUUCUCUUCUCUGGCUUCUCGUUCCAAAGUUGAGGUUCCGUCCCGGUUUCUCCUCGAUCCUCAUGACACAGCAAAACAGAGGCCGAGUGGCGAUGAAGACAUCGCUGCCCUCGUCCGUCACCUCUGUACACCAACUCGCAGGUUCAUCUUCACAGAAACGCGACGAUCCACAUGGAUUUCUGGAUGUGAGUGAGGACUCGUCCUGGACACCAGCAGCCAGUGAAGAUCUGUGUUUAUGAGAGGCUGUUUCCGUUUAGCAUGACGUGAAGCUUUCAGCGGCUUACAGAAGUCUGCCAACAGGUCAGAGGUCAGAGAGAGCUGCUGGUCCUGGUGCAGUUGCUCAGGAUGAGUCUUUUGUGGCUUCUUCUUCUACUCACAGCCUCCAUAAAUGCACAGCUAACCUCAGACUUUGAGACAGUCAACGCCACCGAAGCUUCAAGGAAUGUUACGAGAAGUUCCGAGCUCUCCACCGAUCCAAACGGUUCUUCCUUUCCCACAAUCCCCUCUGAGCCUGCAGGGACUCCUACUGAAGCUCCCACGGAGGAGGACGACUGGUCAGCUGCAGAGACCUUUCUUUACACCGGAGACCCUUCUAUCCUGAAGGUGGCUCGUUGUUCCCGGUCGUACAGCGCGCCGGGACAGGCCGGACCUCUCCCCGCCAACUUCCUCGCCCCCCUGCAGGCCGCGCUGGAUGCGUUAGCCAACACCGCCAACUUCCUCAACAUGAUCUUCCAGGCCAGCGACCUCCGGGAGAGCACAGUCCAGGAGGACAUGGAGUGGUACCAUGCUCUGGUCCGCGCCCUCCUCGAGGCCGACGUGCUCAUUCAGCAGUCUCUGCUGACCUUUGACCCUGACCCAACAGCACUGGCCCCUCAACUGGUGCUCCGCGCCUCUCGCAACUCCACUGCCAAAGUGCAGAACAUCGUUCUCCAGGAUUUGUCCAAAGCUUGGGAGAGCCUCCAUCCUCCGGCUCCAGCCCCGGACGACGGCUGGUUCAGAGAGCUGAAAUUCUCCGAGUCCAACCAGCCGAGGGCGACUCUCUCCAAGCGGGUCCUUCUCAACGACCUCAACACCCUGGACACGCCAAAAUGGGGACAAGGUGACAGCUAUGUGACCAACUGCAGCGGGGUGCGCUGGGCCAACUCCCCCUUCCUAGACUGCAAGGACGGACGCUUUGUCCCCGGCUGGGUGCUGACCCUCUCCACCUCCUUCUACGGCCUCAAACCAGAUCUGACUCCAGAAUUCAGAGGAGUGAUCCGCGUGGAUGUCAACAUCCAGGACAUCGACCUAAACCAGUGUGCAACAGGGAACCGAUGGUUUGCAGACACGCACCAGUGCAACCGCACCAGCAUGGAGUGUGUGCCGGUUCCAGGCCGCGGCUUUCGGCUGGGUCAGUACUGCUGCCGCUGCAGGGAGGGAUACUACGACCCGGAAGUUUCCCCUGACGGCUCAGAUGGCGGCCCCGGGACCGGCAGGGACAGCAGCGGUAAGUGUUACCCGAACAUGCCCAUCUGUCUCCCCUGUUGGCCGGGAUGCAGGAGCUGCCAGGACAGCACCCCCUGCUGGGUGCAGGAGGACUGGCCCCUCAGGGCCGGCGUUCUGGCCAUCCAGGGGCUCUUCAUGCUGCUCGUCUUCGUCAGCAUGCUGGUGGCCUACCAGCAUCGGCGGGACCGGAGGAUCCGAGCGUCCGGCCUCCUGCUGCUGGAGACCAUCCUGUUCGGAUCUCUGCUCCUCUACUUCCCGGUCUUCAUCCUGUUCUUCAAGCCCAGCAACUUCAGGUGUAUUCUGCUGCGCUGGGUCCGAAUGCUCGGAUUCUCCAUCGUUUACGGCACCAUCACGCUGAAAAUGUACAGGGUGUUGAAGGUGUUUCUCUCACGCACUGCCCAGCGAGUGCCCUACAUGUCCAGCCUCCACCUGCUGAGGAUUCUGGGAGUCAUGCUGAUGACAGUCAGCUGGUUUCUGUGUGCAUGGACUGUGGGCGUCCUGCAGAACCAGGACAGGAACAUUCCAGUGUUUGUCACAGCCACCACAGCAGACGGGCAGGGCUUCAACCUGUGUUACCUGGACCGCUGGGACUACAUGAUGGCUGUGGCUGAACUCUUGUUCCUGUGCUGGGGUAGCUCCCUUUGGACCGCCGUCAGGCCAGUCCCCUCUGCCUUCCAUGAGCCUCGCUACAUGGGAAUUGCUAUUCACAAUGAGCUGCUCUUUUCCUCCAUAUUCCACUUGUUCCGAUUCACCUUUACAUCUCUUCAUCCCGACUGGAUGUUGCUGCUCUCUUUUACGCACACUCAUGUCACCAUCACUGUGACACUGGCCUUGCUAUUAGGUCCAAAGGUAAACAUACAAACUUGUGGUUCAAAAAAUAAACACUACCUUUUUUCACAUGCUUUCUGUGAUCCCCAGUUCCUCUACACGUCUAAGCCAGUGAGAGACGAGAUCGCAGCUGAGGUGUAUGAAGAUGAAGUGGAUCUACGACGCUCUGGUUCGUACCUCAACAACAGUUUUCGCUCUGCCUGGAGUGAACACAAUGUGGACCCAGAAGACUUCCGGGAAGAACUGAAGAAGUUGUAUUCCCAGUUAGAAGUCCACAAGACAAAAAAGAUGAGUGCAAAUAACCCUCAUUUGCCAAAGAAGCGCAGCUCUCGGUGUGCCCUGGGGAGAUCCCUCAUCAAACGCAUUGCUGAGAUCCCAGAAACGGUGAGCCGGCAGUGCAGUCGUGAAGAUAGAGAUGGAUCAUUCCAGAGCAGAGCUGGAUCUUUCAGGAGUAGAGCUGGAUCUUUUCUCAGCAGGGGUGGGAAUCCCUCCGACUCUUUUAUGAUUACCCCUGAAACUAUUAGCAUCAGUUACAGAAGUUCAAUAAAGUCGCCAUCACCAUCCAUACGCAAGUCCCAAAGUGAUCAUUACCACACCCGAGACUCAACACAGCGUGAAUCCAUGCUGAGGACCAAUUCAGUCAAAAGAUCCUCCCAGCGAUCUGAGACAGACUCGUUGGACAUCACACCUGGGGUCUGCAAGUCAGCCAGUGCCCUGAAUUUGACAAUUGACACAAAUCUCCUGCAUCCUGAUCACAACAGGCUUCAUAAGUCCUGGAGCCUGUGCUCCUCUACCACCAAUUCGAUAGAGAAUGUAUCAAAGAUCUCCAGGUCCAGCACAAUGCGGUCAAGGCAAAGCAUCAGCGACCAGACGAGGAGCGCCCUUCAGUCGGAGUCGUUUGACAAGGCUGAGAUUUGUCCUUGGGAGUUGGAGACAGAACAAUCAGGGGAAAAGAGUCAUAAGCACGUCACAUAUGCAAAGUCUGAGGAAGGUGAUGAAAAGGGCCCCUCAUCCCCACAAGCGCUCGUGUGCCCAUGGGACCAUUUGCCCCCAGUGGAAAACACUCCAUCAGUGGAAAAGGUACAGCAAAAUGACAACUUCCCCCUGAAAAUACCAGUUACUGUAUCUGCAAGUGUACCCGGGUCCCCAAGACCUAAGGCAGCAAAAGAUCAACGUGCGUUCUCCUUCCGGGCAACCACAAAUAAGUGGCUUUCUGUGAAGUCCUUUAUGACCUCCAUAGAUGGAAGCAGGUCUGCCACUGAGGGAAACCAUAGUCGAGAGGGCUCUCAAAAAAGCCAUGAAAGCACUUCCACAACAUCAUGGUCUGGAACAUCCAGUAGACGACCAAGCUUGGACAGAAGGUCACUGCAGCACAUGGGCAUGUCUACAACCGAUGGAAAACCCUGCCUCGUGAAGCAAAAUGCUGUCCGAAUGUCUUCUGCUGAUUCUUCCGAACGAAGUCCACGCAGGCUUGUGAUUGUCAAAUCUGUUGUCUAUCCCAGGGAUGCUGAUGAUUUACAAAAAGAAGGAAACUAUGAGAAUGUAAUAUUAUCAAGGCAAAGCAGCAGACGCAGUAGUAUAACCUCCUGGGAAACAGCCAGCAGCUCUAGAACUCCUUCAACACGAAGGAGAAGUAGUCGAAUCAGACCGGUUUAUAAUGUUUCCCACACAGAUGUUUGUCCAUGGGAGGGUUCCACCCAAGAAAAAGAAGGACCCAAGAAACAACAAAGCAUCAAACCAGAUGUUUCUCACCAAUUAAUGCCAUCAGAACAAUCAAGCGUAUGUCCGUGGGAAUCACCAGACCAAGGAAACCUGAAACAGGAAAGUGGUAAGACUGAAGUUUGUCCGUGGGAAUCAAAGGAUAUUCCUGGCUCUUCUCAAAUCACUCGUUCCAAAGAUUCACAGACUCAAUCUUUGAAACGAGUGGCUGAUGUUUGUCCAUGGGAGGUGGCAGAAACUCCCCAGAUUUCAAUAAGACAGGAUAGUGACCAUGGAAAUGUUUGUCCUUGGGAUGUUCAAGACAAAUCAGAAGCUGUAUAUGAAAACGUAAAUCUCUUAGAAAAUAAAGGGACCCUGACUGUACCUCUUCGGCGAGAAGUGAUGAAAUCUGCCAUCUACCCCGGUGCGCCCAAAGAUUGUGUAGACAAUAACCAACAACCAUCAACCCUGAAUCAGAGUGAGCCAAAGACAGACAAAAGUUGUCCAUGGGAUUUCCCUGAUCCACCUAAAAUUAUUGAAGAUAUAUGUCCAUGGGAAAGUGGGGACAAAGAGUCUAUAACUGAAGACUCAGUUUCACGAUCAACCAAUAAUUUAGACAUUUGUCCAUGGGAAACUGGAAAUCAAGACAAACCAAGUAACUCUGGCAAAGUUAUUUCUAUGCAAAGUAAAGGACCAGAAAGUUCAAAAGUAAAUGUGUGUCCCUGGGAAACUGAGAUCACAGGAAGAACUGCAGCUACAAAGCAAGACUCACGCAAAGUGAAAAAAAUUCCAGAGGUUUGUCCAUGGGAGGCUGUGGGACCAGAAUCUGACAGACAAGAUACUCCCAAAUCCUCAAAAAGUAAUGCAGGAAACGACACAGCUCGGACAAACGUUUGUCCGUGGGAGACAGACGAACAGGGUGUGGCCAAAACAGGAAAAUUAAACCCAGACAACCCAAGUCAAGAGGUUUCCCAAUCAAAAACCAACACAGCAAAGGGAAUAAAAAAGCUAGACAGUGCUCAGGCAAAUGUUUGUCCUUGGGAGACAGAAGAACCAAGAAUCCUUAAAAAGCAAGACAGCACUCUGGCAGAUGUUUGUCCUUGGGAGAAGGAAGAACCAAGAAUCCUUAAAAAGCAAGACAGUAGUCGGGCAGAUGUUUGUCCUUGGGAUUCAGAGGAACCAAGAAUCCUUAAAAAGCAGGACAGCACUCUGGCAGAUGUGUGUCCUUGGGAGAAGGAAGAACCAAGAAUACUUAAAAAGCAAGACAGUAGCCGGGCAGAUGUUUGUCCUUGGGAUUCAGAGGAACCAAGAAUCCUUAAAAAGCAAGACAGCGCUCAGGCAGAUGUGUGUCCUUGGGAGACAGAAGAACCAAGAAUCCUUAAAAAGCAAGACAGCGGUCGGGCAGAUGUUUGUCGUUGGGAGAGCAAAAAGCCACCAGUUCUACAAAAACAAGACAGUGCUCGAGCAAACGUUUGUCCCUGGGAAAAUGAAGACGACACUAAAGUAGUGACAAAGCAAGAUAGCCUCAAUGCAGACGCAGGCCCAUUGGAGAACAAAGAGAUGGAAUGUUCAGGGAAGAAUGAAAGCAAUGGGACAGACGGUUUACACGUUCCCAGCAGUGUCAACGAUAAAGUUCUGGAGGACCAGCAGGUGCUGAAUGAAGAUGAGACUCCAGGAUACAUGAGCCCUGAACAGACAGAUGAGACUAAAGCAAAUAUGGCCCUGGGUCGGCGUGACGCUUUGUGCCCAUGGGAGAUUGGGUCAUUCACAGACAAUACCUCUGAUGUCUUCACCUGGGAACCUGAGAACAUCCCAGAGGAAGAUGAGGAAGAUGAUGCAGAAUGUGCUGCUGAGGCUCUGGUGUUUCCACCUGAUUUGUGAUCCAAGCUCAGGUCAGAGUUCACUGUUGUUGGGUAAAUUUAAGAGUGUGACCUUUAGACACCUUUUCAGGUGGUACCUAGUUUCCAAACACAGGAACGAAGGCUGCUCAACAGAACAUUGUCGCUUUUGUUGGCAAAAAACACAAAAACACUUGAGACAAAAAUAAAAGACUGAUGACGCAGUUACAUCUGUAAUUGGGCCUGGGCCAAUCCAAAUCCAGAACCAGAACUCUGUCACCAGGCUGUUACAGAGUCUUGAUGAGCUCUGAAGUUUGGGAUGUGCAAAGAAAUCGUUUCUACUGAAGAAUAUAUAGCUUAGAUAAAACCCCUGGUUGGUCUAACAAUAAGAAAUAUUCAGCAAUUGUUAAAAUCUACGUCCACAACAUAAAGCCUCCUUUGCUACCCGCUUUUUUCUACCAUUUAAGCUUCAAGUGGAAUUGCUUUUUUUCAUUUUGUUUGUUUAUUAAGUGACAAGAUUUGUAUUUGUUUGUAUUGUUUGCCAAUUUUUAAGUAAAAUCGCCAGCUAUUAAGAUGUUAAAAUAAAAAGAUCCUAAAUAAUUAACUGUGCAUAUGAAAUUAUGUCAAAAAGUUGUUUUAUUAAUACAUAUUAAAUUUAUUCACAUUAGAUCCCAGUGUCUAAGUUUAAAAUACAAAACUUUUCGAUGGUUUUGAAAAAAAAAAAAAAAGUAAUCUUAGCAAAACAACACAAUAAAACAGAACUUUUCUAUCCUUAAAACACUAAAUUUUCACUAAAGUUUGGAGUCACUCGGAAAAAGCAAACAUUUUUAGAUAAAUGUUUAGGCAUAAGAAUAUUACUUUUUGGCACUGCAUGGGUUCUGUACAAUCCAUAAUUAUUUUUUAAGCUAAUGAUUUAAAAGACUUUUUGGAAGUUUGUGGAUAUUUGGCUAUGGAUGAGAACCAACUGUUUUCAAGGAAUUAUUUGGAUAAAUGGACAAAAAGAAGGAAACUGGACUCCCCUUUGUUUGUUUCCAUAAAGCUGUGGGUUUCUAGCUUUCAGCUUCGUUUCUGUGGAUGAACAGCAGGCAGAUGGACAGGGACAUUAUGAACACACUAAAAUCAAUGCUAUGGAUGUUCUGUUACUGCAAACUUACUCGUGUUAAGUGUGGCUGAGAUUCUACUUUUACAACUGAUUGGGUUGAAUUUUUGGAUCUUUAAUAACAUGUUGAUGUUUGUGUGUUUCCUGAGGUCAGACUGUCCUGCAUGUCUUCUCUCCAAUCAGGAUUUCUCUGCAAAGGUUGGAGAUGAGCAGUUGUGCUUGAGAAGCGUCCCAUUCAUGCAGGACAGGGUGACCUCAGGACCAGGGCUGGAAAACACCUUUAGGUAGAAAACAAUUUUCCCCAUAGAAGAAAGAACCAUUUUUGGAACAUUUGUUCUGAAAACAUGUUUUUUGUUAGUCCCUUUGUUAUUUUCAAGUCAAUAGGAAUGAGUUUACAUGAGCUCACAAGGUUUUCUUUGAAAAAUCUGAAUGUUUCAUUUUUAAUAACUGUUUUAUUGAGUUGAACCAUCACAAUUAAAGUUAUCGUCUGAGCCAGCUGGUCAUUAAGCUUGUAUAUUUCGUCAUCAGCGGGGCUGUUCAGAGUUGUCAAAUUGAUUAUUUUGUAGCGCGACCCUUAAAAUGCAGUGACAUGCUGGUGACAACAAAUACA